ACAACUGGUAUCAUAAUUCACGAUUUAAGGUUAGUAAAAAACAAACAGCAAGAGCAUUUUUUACACGUUUUUAGUGCGUACUGCCUUUUAACUGUUCAAUUGUGUUCUGUGCCUUUGAAAAUAAUAUUGUGCAUUUUAUUAUAUUUCUACAUAUUAUAACAAUGUCUAUUCGAAAGAGUGGUUAUUCGUUUAAAUGUAUUGUGAAAUCGUGCGGAGAAAUGAAAACUCAAAAAGAAUCAGUUAGUUUUUUUUCUUUUCCCAAAGAUCCUGCUCGGUGUGAAAUCUGGUUAGAACGCUGUAAACUGCCAGCUGAUAUUCUAUCCAAAAAAAAUAUCAAACUAUGUGGAAAACAUUUUGAGAAAAAUAUGUUUUUAAAUUUUUUGGAGAACAGGUUAAAACCAGAUGCUAUACCUACACUAUUUCCAGACAAAAAAGAUAGUUGUGAUACAAGUACAUCUUUGCAGUUAUCAUCUAGUGAUAAAGUUGAAAUCUGUACCACUUUAACCAAAACUGUGUCUUGUGGCUCAAAUAGUCCACUAAAAAUGAUUGAUGAUCCUAGUAAAUAUACUACUGAAACAUAUAGUAGCAAUGAAGUAUUGGCUCUUCCAUUACCUGGUUCUCCUGGAGUACAUGAUAGCGCCGAGUACAGUAUGUCUUCUGGGACAUCUUCAUCAAUUACUAGUGAAAAAUCUAGAUACUUAGAUUCUCCUGUGGAUUUCAUAAUUCCUAGUUCUUCAAAAAGUUGUCAAACCCUAAAAGCUUUGUCUGAAAAAACACCCAGAAAAGUUUUGUUAAGGCAACAAUUGAAGACUGAGAAAGAAGCUCGUUUGAAAGCUGAAAAAACCAUUUUGGGCUUGAGCCAUCAGUUGACUGAAUUCAAUACUGUUGACAAUUUUCUCUCCCUGUGUGAGCAACAUUUGUCACCUAGUGUACUAACCAUUGUCAAAUCGCAUAUGAUGUGCAAAACAAGAAACCCUCAUGGAUACAGGGACUUUAGACACCAGGAUCCUGAAUACCUGAAAAUCAAAUAAAGAUACAAAUUACAAUUAACUAUGUCAAAAAUAUAAGAUAGGAAUCUAUCUAAGACACUGUACAUUAUUGGCAGUGAAGUGAUCUCAUUAGUAUCAUUUAAUUAUUUUAAUAUGGCUAGUAUAUUGGUCAUGUAUAUUAAUUUAUGUUUUAUUUUUCAGAAAUAUUGCACAGUUACUUCUGCUUCUCCAGCUUUGCCUUUAUUCCAUGCAAGUGGGGUCAACUACUCUUAUAUUUGCUCAACAUGCCAUCAUAUUCCUGUAAUAACCAAGCUUUUUUAUCUUUUUCCUUCAAAUUUGAGCACCUGUCAUGACUUUCAUUAUUUCUUCAUACCUCAAAAUGCCUUCUCAAUCUAUCCUCUAAGUCUGCCUUCAAACACUCAAGUGCUAUUAGCUUUUAAAACUACAUCAGCUGCAUUUAAGCUUAAAUAUAAAAUAUAUUUUUGAUAUAAUAAAAUGUGUAUUUUUUUCA